AUGUUCCUCAAGGUAAAAUUGUUGAAAGCCUCAUCGUUGAAUUGGAAGACUGUUAAAGUUCCUGAUACACUAGAUGAUUUUGGAGGAUUUUAUGGUCUUGAAGAAUUAGAUGGUGUUGAUAUUAAAGUUGUUAAUGGUCAAGUUCAAUUUAUUCAAUUGGACAAUACUGAAACUAAUGAAAUUGCAAAAGAUGAGCCUAUGGAAGAAGAUGGUGAGAAUGCGGAGGUAGAUGAUGAAAUAAAAGAUGAAGAAGAAGUAGAAGAGGAAGAAGAGGAAGUAAGAAAUGAAAAGGAAGUAGAAAAUAAAGAAACAAAAGAAAAAUCACACAAUACUGAGACAAUAUACACAAAACAAACUCAAUCUCAAACCUCUGAUAUUAACGAAUCUUCAUCAAAUGAAAGUGAAUAUGAAGAUGCUCAAGAAACUGUAUCACCUACACCACAAGAAGAAGAAUUAGAAACACAAGUAUUUUCUACAAAUAUUGAUAUUGAUUCUGAAAUUAUCCCAAGUGAGUUACCUCAUUGGUGUAAUGAAAUACCCGAUUUAUCUUUCCAUACCUUAGAAACUUUAUCUAGAUUAGGAUUCCAAAAACCUACCGAGAUCCAAAAAAAAUCUAUUCCUAUUGUGAUGAAGGGAACAGAUAUAUUAGGUAAGGCAUCUACCGGUUCAGGUAAGACAUUAGCAUACGGUAUACCUAUAAUUGAGAAAAUAUUGUCUAAUUUGAAAGAAGGUCAAUUGAAUGAAACUAGUGGGAUUAUUUUCACACCAACAAGAGAAUUAGCACAACAAGUUGGACGUCAUUUGAAUGAAUUUGUUUGGGGUGAUCAUUUCAAUUCGAGUAGUAUUAUAACUAUUACUGGUGGGUUAUCAUUACAAAAACAAGAAAGAAUUCUUGGAUAUGGUAAAGGUGCUGGACAAAUCAUUGUUAGUACACCGGGACGGUUUUUAGAAAUUAUAGAAAAAGAUGAGAAAUAUUUAGAAAGAUUUAGUAAGAUUGAUAUCUUGGUAUUGGAUGAGGCUGAUAGAUUAAUUCAAGAUGGGCAUUUUGAAGAAUUUGAAAGAAUUUUGAAAUUGUUAAGUAAUAAAAGAAGGGAAUUGAAAGAGCAAGGAUAUUGGCAAACAUUAGUUUACUCUGCUACUUUCUCCUUGGGUCUUUUUGAAAAAUUAGAUAAGGGGAAUAAAUGGAACAAGAAAAAAUUAAAUCAAGAAGAAGAAUUGGAUGAAGUUGUUAAUAAAUUGAUGGAAAAGAUUCAUUUCCGUCAAAAACCAUUAGUGGUGGAUAUUGAUCCAUUUGAACAAAUGAAUAAACAAAUCCAUGAAACAUUGAUAGAAUGUGGUGCUAUGGAGCGUGACUUGUAUGUAUAUUAUUUCUUAAUCAUGUAUGGAGGAUCUACCAUUGUAUUUUGUAAUUCUGUGAAUUCAGUCAAGAGGUUGCAUGAUUUACUCAAAUUAUUGAAAAUUAAUAGUUUUAAAUUGAAUAGUAAUAUGGUUCAAAAGAGUAGAUUAAAAUCCAUUGAGAAUUUCACCAAGGCUAGUCGUCAAAACAAUGAGACUGUUGUAUUAAUUGCUACAGAUGUGGCUGCUAGAGGUAUUGAUAUUCCAAGUAUUGAUCAUGUUAUUCAUUACCAUACACCAAGAAGUGCAGACACAUACAUUCAUCGUAGUGGUCGUGCAGCAAGAGGUUCGAAUGAAGGUGUAAGUGUGAUGUUAACUACACCUGAUGAAAGUGCAUUAAGUUUGAAAAAACUGUUUGCCAAAUUGGACAAGAAGCAAGAAGGGAUCAAACUAUUACCUAUAGAUGAUGAUAUUUUAAACCAAUUGAAGGAAAGAGUACGAAUUGCUAGUGAGAUUGUCAAUUUUGAAAGAGGUGGGAUGCAUGAUCGCAAAGAAAAUGAUUGGACUAAACAAGUGGCAGAUGAUUUGGGAAUCGAAUUAGAUUCACAAGAUGAUGAAGAGUCUCAUAUAACUGAAAAGCAAAGUCUUGAUAAGAGAUCAAAUAAGAAUAAAAGAGGAUAUUUGAAACAAUUGUUGAAUGAAAAUAUCCGUAAAGAUCAUCGUAGAAGUUAUUUGACUGGUGGUUUAAAUAACUUGGCAGAUCAUGUUAUACGUAAGAGAGGUCAUUCUUCAAUUGUAGGACAAGAGAGUGUAGACGCCUUGGAGCAAUUACGUCAAGCCAAGACCAAGAGACGUCGUGUUGGUAACAAGAAAACCACAAAACGCCAACCCUAG